AUGCGUCACACUUUGGCCUCUUUCUGUGUUGCAGCGGUUGAAUUGGUCAUACAUGCUGCCGCAGCUAGCUCCUCUGGAUGCGGCACAAACCCAUCCCUCAGCAACGGACUCAACUACAUGGACGUCAGCGGUCAGCCUCGGGAAUACAUCAUUCAAGUCCCUGACAACUACGACGCCAGCACUCCUCACAAACUUGUGAUAGGGUACCACUGGCGCGACGGCACCAUGAACAAUGUCGUCGAAAACGGAUUCUACGGGAUGAGGAACCUCGCCGGGGACAUACCCACCAUCUUCAUUGCUCCCCAGGGACUGGGAAACGGCUGGGCCAACACUAACGGUGACGAUAUCACAUUUACCGACCAAAUCCUGGAUGCGAUAGAGUCCUCCUUCUGUAUUGACCAGGACCGCCGUUUCGCCACCGGCUGGAGCUGGGGCGGAGGCAUGAGCUACUCGGUGGCCUGUUCGCGAGCCGAUAUCUUCCGCGCUGUGGCGGUUCUCUCUGGUGCUGAAAUCAGCGGCUGUGAUGGCGGAGAUCUUCCCAUUGCGUACUUUGGUCAGCAUGGAAUUAGCGAUAGCGUGCUGGGUGUCGAGCUCGGCCGUACCUUGCGAGAUCACUAUGCUCAGGUGAAUGGCUGUGAUGCUGUGACUCCUCCUGAGCCGGCGGUUGGAAGCGGGACACAUGUUGUGACUGAUUACUCGGGUUGUGCUGAGGGCUAUCCUGUCCAGUGGGUCGCCUUUGAUGGCGAUCACGUACCACUUCCUUCAGAUGUGGGAUCUUCGGAUUCUUUUACCCCUGGUCUUAUCUGGGAGUUCUUCUCUCAGUUCUAA